GUUUCUCUGUAGGAGUGUGAUCUUCAAACGAGAUCAUUUGAAUUUAUUAAACGGUUUAGAUCACAAGUGUGCGUAUAUAUCAUCUGUUGGUUGGUCUAAAAAUAUAUCUAACAUAUAAAACUUAAGUGAAUACAAAGACUGCUCUCCAACAGAUAGGCGGACGGACGGAAAUACGUACAUAUUAAAGUUAAUAUUUCAUUUGAUCACCUAAUAAAUUGAACACCUUUGGAAGUAGGUGAAAUCUCGAAAAUCCCCACAAAGUUGUUGCAAUGUCUUCUUCCGGCAAUAAAAAGGACUGCUGUGCAGUGUGCCAAGUGCCCGCAACAUUGACUUGUUCCGCCUGCAAGUCUGUUAAGUAUUGUGGCAAAGAUCAUCAGCGUGAACAUUGGAAGGAGCACAAAAUUGAGUGUGAAAGUCCAUAUAAAAUCGAAAGUGACGCAAUUUUGGGCCGCCAUCUCUUGGUUACGCGAGACAUACAAGCCGGCAAUGUUAUAUUCGAAGAGGCACCUUUGGUGGUGGGCCCCAAGUGGUUCCUGUCGGACCGCGAACAAGAAGUUCCAGUCAUGCCCUGUGUCGGCUGCUACACUCCAUGUCGCAUCGGCGGUUUCGGUUGUUCAAAAUGCCAAUGGCCCUGCUGUUCGCCCCACUGCGAAGACAUUGCCAAUCCCAACACCCAUGGUGGCAUAGAGUGCGACAUUUUGAAAUUGGGCCCAAGUCCAAAAAAUACAGGUGAUUUGAAAGCCAUGACAGACUACUACCGGCCGGAUGCCCUGCUGGUGUUCAAGUGUUUGCUGCUGCAAAAACGAAAUCCCAAGAAGUGGAAGAAACUCAUGGAGAUGCAGAGUCAUGAGGAGGAGCGCAAAGGAUCCGACUUGCAUGAAGACGCCGAGAAACGUGUCGUCACCUAUUUACUGAAAAACUUUUUGGAACCUCUCAAAAAGCUUGAAGAGAAGACCAAAGAGAAACUGCUCGCACAAUACGAUGCCACCAUCCUCCGACGCAUCUGUGGAAUAAUCGAGACCAAUUAUAUGGUGAUCAGCCUCUCUACCGGCCUGGAACUCAGCGGUGUAUUCUUUACCGCUUGCAUGAUGGAGCACUCGUGCUUGCCCAAUGCUUAUUUCCAAUUUAACGAGUGCAAUGAAUUCGGCAUCUCGGUAAUAGCAGGUCGUGACAUUGCCGCAGGUGAACACAUAAAAAUCAUGUACACAAAUAUGCUGUGGGCCACACAUAUGCGGCAUGAGCAUCUGCAGAUAACCAAACAUUUCCGUUGCAAAUGUGAACGUUGUUGUGAUCCCACCGAAUUGGGCACAUACUUCAGUGCCCUGAAGUGUGCGGGUGAUGCCAAUAAAAAAUGUGAAGGAGGAAUACAGCUGCCCAAGGAUCCAUUGGAUAAAAACACCGACUGGAUAUGUAACAAAUGUCCCAUGAUCAUAAAUGGUGAACAGGUAAGCUAUCUGCUAACACAAAUGACGGAGGAGGUAAAGACCCUGAUGUCGCGCCGACCCACAGUGAAACAAGUCGAGGGUCUUAUCGAGAAACUCAGCACGUUCCUGCAUCCCAAUCAUUAUCACAUCUUCAGUUUGAAACAUUGUCUCAUACAGUUGUAUGGCAAUGAAAUGGGUUACAAAGCCGAACAACUCUCCAGUGGACAGCUGCAGAAAAAACUAAAAAUGUGUGAAGAUCUCUAUGACACGUGUCAGAAGCUGGAUCCAGCCACCAUACGUCUGGCCAUCUAUGUGGCCAUCAUUUUUCACGAAAUGCAUUCGGUCUACAUGGAACAGGGUCGACGCAUAUUGGAUAAUGAUAAGGCCAAAGCCAUGGAAGCCUUUACCAAUGCCAAGAAUGUGCUGGAGAAAGCCGAGGAUGUAUUGGAAAAGGAACUGGAUGGAGUUGCCGGCAACAAAUUGAACGAUCACAUACUGAGGGCCAUGAAAAAUGUCAAAUUCUAUAUAGAGAAUAUGUGUUCUUGAGACCAUGAUGGUGAGAGAAACUAGUGCUGCUUUGGAGCGUGGUGCUGCUGUUUUUUUAUGGGGGUUCAAACUUCUACACAUAUAUUUUAUUAUAAUUAUAUUA